AUCUUCUUCUCCUUCAUGCUGACCCCUCUGUUUAAGAAGCCUAAGUUUGCCAGUACGGUGGGCUCAAUGCUGACUGUGGUGUUCGGCUGCCUGUCCCUGUUCACUGUCCUGAUGAAGGACUUUCCCCAGCCGCUGGUCUGGGUUCUCUGUCUGCUGUCCCCCAGCGCAUUCUCCAUCGGCAUCGCCCAGGUAACCAACACAGUCAACACCCGUGUCGUGUUCAUUCAGCACCAAACUGGAGAAAAGGGACCGAAACAGGGAGCGACUAACUGGACUUGGCCAAUAGAAGCGCACAUUUUCUGUUGCGAAACGGUGCAAAGUUUGGUAACAGAAUCAUAGAACAAACAGCACAAACCGUCAUUCUGUUACCAAACUUUGCAUCUGCAAAUCUGUUGUUAAAGUAAAUGUGUUUUUGUACAAUUUUCUGUGGAAAUUGUUACAAGUAAUCCUUGUGUAUAAAGUGUAUGGUUUGUUUAAUUUGUAAUCAUUGGUUUUUGUUUGACAUACAUUUUAAAGUGGAAAAACCGGACUCACAGCAUCAGCCUGUUACCGUGGAAUUGCCCAACAUUUUAUUGUCAAUGUUGUCCAGGACAAAGUGUGCAAUGUUUACAGAGACCACCCCCAUGUAAUACAGCUAUUCUGUUCUAUUCUCUUUGUGUCGAGGUGGUGUACCUGGAGGCCCAGGGGGACGGAGCUGUGUUCUCUACCCUGGCCAACGGCCCCCAUCCCCUCUACGCCCCCCUUCUCAUGCUGGUCCUGGACUGUAUACUCUACCUGCUGCUGGCUGUCUACCUGGACCAGGUCCUACCAGGUACUGUUUUGACUUCUCCUCUCUUCUCAACACAUGAAGGAAGUAUUGAUUUCAUUUAACCUUUACUCAUACAGCUUGGUCUUGAUUGAGAUUUAUUUUUUUCAAGAGAGACCUGUCUAUUUACCACAAAUGACCUUCCAUAUUUCUGUAUCCUUCGUCCAGGUGAGUUUGGCAUGCGGCGCUCCCUGGUCUACUUCCUAAAGCCGUCCUAUUGGUCCAAGCGCAGUAAGCGCUACGUCGAGGUGAGCUCUGUGUGCGAGACGGAGGUGAACGGGGCCCCAGGAGUGGAUGAGUCUGUGGAGCCCGUCUCUCCGGAGUUCAGGGGGAAAGAAGCCAUCCGGUAAGAGCCUCCCCUUUAUACCCUUUCCACACUACUGAUCUAAGCCAAGCUGUACUGAGCUGGCCUGGUUACGCAUCCACCAUAGUUGCUUGAAGCGUCCUGUCCAAUGGGUGUAGUUGUACAUGAAGCUGCCUCACGCUCGGACAGGGCUACUUACUUUACCUCUAUAGUUGCUUGAACCAUGCUGGAAAGGACAAUGUGAAGGGAACACAGUAAGGUUCGGGCCGGCCCUAUAGUGUGAAUCAGUGCCUGACUGUCCCUGUUAGAUAAAAGCAACAUUCCCUUCACGUCAGUUCUGAUGGUGCCUGAUAUGAAAUGUUUUGGUGCAGAUGAUCUUUCUUUCUUAUCAUAAUGCUCCUGUCCCUGGCUGGAAGAGAACACUUGUCUCUCUGUAACAAGUGGGUUUGAAAAUAGACUCUGUGGCCGCCUCAGCCCGACAGGUCCGGAUCGGGCCGAUAUAUCCUCUUACAUUAUGGAGAAACCUGGCCCCAUUAUUGACUUUCCAGGACAGAAAUACAGGCUUUUAGAGUUACCAGGGGAAAAGAGAACCUCAGCUGAGCUGAAUCGAUAUAGAUGAGCACCUGAUAGGAACCCACUGGCUUGGUCUGCUGGCAGCCUGGACACUUCCAUUAGCUUUGACCCAGAAAGACUGAGUGCCAGAUUGAAACCUGUUGUUGUUGUUUACCCUCGUCUCUGUAUCUCCCCACCCUGGCAGCAUUAACAACAUCCGCAAGGUGUACAAAGAGAAGGACAGCAUCGUGGAAGCUCUGAGGGGUAAGGCUUAUUCCUCUACGUAUUUCUCGUCAGCCUUGUGUGGAGCCUCUUUUCUAGUUGUCAUAUCUAACAGACAAAUUGGAAAUUGCCAGAGUUCUGAACUUCCUUAACAGAUCCUGAUGUUGUCUUUCUCUGUUAAUCCUCAUCCAUGAUUAGGCUUAAUCUGUGUCCGAGAAGCUGGCUCCAUAUGAGGCUCUUCGUAGAACCUAAUGUCUUUAUGUCAACCCUCCCCUUCUAUCCAGGCUUGACCUUUGACAUCUACGAGGGUCAGAUCACGGCCCUCCUGGGCCACAGCGGAGCGGGGAAGUCCACUCUGAUGAACAUCCUGUGUGGGAUCUGCCCUCCGACCGACGGCCACGCCUCCAUCUACGGCUCCCCGGUGGCAGAGAUUGCUGAAGGGGCAGAGAUGAAGCAGCUGGUUGGCAUCUGCCCUCAGUUCAACAUCAUCUUUGACGUGCUGACUGUAGAAGAGCACCUGAGGAUAUUCGCUGCCAUUAAAGGGAUUCUCCCCUCUGACAUUGACAAUGAGGUGACGGGAUUUGUAUUACCAGUACAGAUAUUGAUAGCGGCUAUUUUCAAGAAGGUUUUACUUGUGAUGUUGUGCUGCUGUAAGCUGUUUCAAGUCACUCUGGAUAAGAGCGUCUGCUAAAUUAGUAAAAUGUAAAUGUAAAAUGCAUCAUAUAUGAUCACUCGGUCACUCUAGCAUGGCUGGUUGUUAACUGGCGGGCCUUUGUUGCUUCUGUAUUUCUGAAUUCAGCUUCAACUCACAAGAUGGAUAAUAUUGAGUCAGUGUUGUUUGUGAUUACAUCCUUUUCUCUCCCUCCUUCCACCUGUGUGUUUGAUCUGUCCAUUAGGUCUCCAAGGUGCUGAAGGAUCUAGAUCUGGAGAAGAUCAUGGACGCCCAGGCUAAGAACCUGAGUGGAGGCCAGAAGAGGAAACUGUCUGUGGGCAUAGCCAUUCUGGGAGACCCCAAGGUAGCUGGAUCCUGGGUCAUCCACCUUCACAACACAAGACAAAUGGCCUUCUUCUGGGGUUCAUUUCAGACUUUAUAGGACUGGUUUCCCAGACCCAAAUGUCUCUCUCUCUCUGUCUCUCUCUGUCUCGUGUGUCUGCCUGUCUGUCUACAUGUCUGUCUGUCUGCUACCGCACGGCAAGUGGUACCAUUGCACCAAGUCUGGAUCCAACAGGACCCUGAACAGCUUUUACCCCCAAGCCAUAAGACUGCUAAAUAGUUUUAAUUUUUUAUUAUAUUUUUGGGGGGAUAGAUCAGCUUUAAUAGUGCAGAUAGAUUAUAGAUUCCAUCAAUGUCAUUGUCUGCAUCAUUUCCAAUCCCCCAUAUAUUUUUGUAAAUAUAUACAUACAUACAUGCAUAUAUUUUUUAAAUAUAUUUUCCUUUAUUAUUUUCCCCUAACCCUUACCCACCCCUCUCCUAAUUGGAGUAAACUAAUGGACAACAACACUUAGGCUUCUAUUUCCAGCUUAUACAUACUAUAUACAUUUUACGGACAAAAUGCACCUUACAGCAAUUAUCUUUUGUUUGUUUUUAAUCCCAUCCUUCAGCUACCAUCAACCCCUCCCAUCCAUCUCCGAAGCCCAUCCAGCUUGAUUUCUACUUUGUCAUAUAUUUUUAACUGUGCCAUUUCACAAAAGUGCCGAACCCAUAUACAUUUUACGGACCCAGCAUAUUUUACAUUAGUUAUCUUGUUGUUUUUAAUCCCACGCUUCAGCUCCACUCAACCCCUCCCAAACAGCUAACCGGACUAUCUGCAUUCACCUUUUUUGCAUCAUCACAUACGCUGCUGCUACUGUUUAUUAUCUGUAACUUUAUUCCUAGUUAUAUGUACAUAUCUGCCUCAAUUACCUCGUACCCUUGCACAUCGACUCAGUACUGGUACCCCUUGUCUAUAGCCAAGUUAUUGUUACUAAUUGUGUAUCUAUUGUUACUUUUAUUAUUACGUGUUUUACUUUUCUAUUAUUUCUCUAUUUUCUUUCUCUCUGCAUUGUUGGGAAAGUCCCGUAAGUAAGUAUUUCACUGUUAGUCCACACCUGUGUCCACACAUGUGACUAAUAACAUUUGAUUAGAUUUUGUGUGUGUGUAUAUAUGUUUAGAUCCUGCUCCUGGAUGAGCCUACGGCUGGUAUGGACCCCUGUUCCAGACACCAGGUGUGGUCUCUGCUGAAGAGUCGCAGAGCAGGCAGAGUCACAGUGCUCAGCACACAUUACAUGGACGAGGCAGACAUACUGGCUGGUACACCCAUCUCUUCCCUCUCUAUGUCUAACAAUGUGUUCAUCUGUAGCAGGGUUCUCUUUAACCCUCAAUACACUUACAUCUUUCACACUCCAUUUUGAUUUAUCUCUUUCUCGAUAUCUCUUUCGAUUUCUUUCUCUCUCUUUCUGUAUUUUCCCGUUCCCUUCUUCUAGACCGCAAAGCUGUGAUCUCUCAGGGCCAACUCAAGUGUGUUGGUUCUUCCCUAUACCUCAAGACCAAGUGUGGAGUAGGAUACCACCUCAGGUAAGUUCGGCAGACAGCUCUCCAAAUUUCACUUAAAAUGCACUAUAAAACGUAUCUCGUCCUAAAGCAUUUUGACCCAUUUAAGCCAUCCAGCACAUUGUUUCUUUGUAAAUUAUGUUGUUUGAUGACAGUAAGAUGAAUGCAUACAUACCACAGCUAAAUAAGAUGUUUUCUUCCUAUAGAAUGUCUAUUGGUGAACGGUGCGAGGUGGAUAGUGUCACCUCAUUGGUCAAGCACCACGUCCCCAAGGCGCAGUUGUCACGGCAACAAGAGGCUGAGCUGACGUUCACCCUCCCUUUCGAAAGCAUGGACACCUUUUCAGGUCAGAAACAAAUCUCUGUACUAAGACUCAGUUGAUAGCUAAUAUCAUAGGAAUAUAAUUCCUAUUGAGUGUACCCAUGAGGGGGAAGUCAAAUUGCUAUGGUCCGAGGGGCUAUUCACCUUCUAGGAAUUAUAUUGCUAUGGUUCAUCAAUAUCAGGUAGAGUUUUAGAUCUGUGGUUCUGUACUUACUGUACCUUGACUUCACUCCCUUUCUCAGGAUUGUUCUCAGAACUAGACUGCAGGCCAGACCUGGGCAUCAUCAACUACGGGGUGUCCAUGACAACGCUGGAGGACGUGUUUCUGCGUCUGGAGGCUGAGGCUGAGGUGGACCAGGCUGGUAAGCCUUCCUUCCUUUCCCUCGUUCUGUACGAAGCAGGGCUCCAAAUUCACAUUUUUCAUUGAUAGCACUGGUCUCUCAACUUAAAAAAGUUAGGAGCACCACAUGAAAUGUAGGCGCACCAGAAAAUACGAUUUGUAUUUAUUGAGAUACGGCCUAUAUUUAUUCUAGCUACUUUUGAAGCACAUGUUGUGCCUUAGAAACUAAUAUGUAACACUGUAAAGACAUUAGUUUAUGUUAAAAGCUAAAAUGUUUAUCUGAAUACCUGUCAUUUAAAUUACAAAGUAAUUUGUGGAAUAUUAGGUUUUUACAUUGUGUAAAAGCACUAUUUUCCUAUUGUAAAUUGUACAAUGUCUCUUUAAAAAUGUCAGGUUUGUGAUGACGACAUGCAAGAGAUCUUUCAUUCAUUCAUUGCUAUGAUCAUUGAUCUCCUGGAGAAGCUAUCCCUUUUCCUUUCUUUCUGUGCCCCCAAAUGUUUGGAUAAUAAUAAUAAUAAUAAUAAUAAUAAUAAUAUAAUAUAAUAAUAAUAAUAAUAUAAUAUAAAUAAUAUGCCAUUUAGCAGACGCUUUUAUCCAAAGCGACUUACAGUCAUGCGUGCAUACAUUAUUUUUUUUUUGUGUAUGGGUGGUCCCGGGGAUCGAACCCACUACCUUGGCGUUACAAGCGCCGCGCUCUACCAGCUGAGCUACAGAGGACCACACAUGGAUAUACUGGUAAAGUUACCAGGUUGUUAGCUAGCUAGCCAAUGAGGUAACAUGAUUGAACAAAGUGUAAACAAAUUAUUAACGACGCGCGUGUAGUUUUAGAACGACCCACGACUUGGUUUAUGAAUGUAAAAUGCGGUCCUGGCGAUCCGCUAUAGGAAGAUAAAAAUGUUGCGCCGGUAAUAUGAGUCCGAUCUUUUGACCUGGUUGGGCUAGAAGCAAGCCGUUUUCGCUUUUUUCUCUAGGGUACUCGGAAACAACGGUACAGUGAAGCCUUAUCAUUAUAACAACUAUUAUCUGGAAGAUUUUUUUCAUAGUCGCACAGUGCUCCCAAAAUAAAACUCCUUCGUCGCACUUUAGAGCCCUGCCCUUGUGGAAAAACCACAUGAUUUCAGAUGUGGGAAAUCACAUGAAUGCACAAGUGAAACCAUGUGUUUUUGGAACACUUCACAUGUGAUGAUCUGGAUUUUCACAUGUGAAACCAUGUGUUUUUGGAACACUUCACGUGAUAUUUGACGUGAUUGCAUACACUCAAGAAAAACUAUUAUAUAUAUCAUAGUGAUUCAAGAGUACCAUUAAAACAGAAUAAUAUGCCACACCAACAUUAUACAACUAUACAGAAAACCCUCAAAUUGAUGAAAUAAGUAAAUGAAAUCAAUGAUGAGAGAAUAGUCAGAAUAACAGUCAAAACUGUUCGCUGCUCUGGCACCCCAAUGGUGGAACAAGCUCCCUCACGACGCCAGGACAGCGGAGUCACUCACCACCUUCCGGAGACAUUUGAAACCCCACCUCUUUAAGGAAUACCUGGGAUAGGAUAAAGUAAUCCUUCUAAAUGACGUAAAUGUAAAUGUAAAUGAAUAACUGAUAACUAAAAUAGCAGUGCAGAUGGCAGUCUUUUUCUAAGUGCGGAGAUGUAUUAUAGGUAAUGAAUGUGUAUGGGAAUGCUACAGACUUUGUGGCGCAGCAGAAAGGUCAGUGUACCUCAAAUCCAGAGGUUGUGCAUUCAAAUUCCAGGUUGGGUCAUACUUUAGCUGAACAGCGAUAACAAAUGCAAUUCCACAUGUGAAAACGUGAUCAUGUGAAGUAAAAAAUAAAUCACGUGAAGUGUUCCAAAAACACGUUUUGACAUGAUUUCACGUGAAAUGUCAAAUGUGAAGUAUUCCAAAAACAGAUGUUUUCAUGUCUUGUGAAAUCAUGUGACUUUCCACAUAUGAAAUCAUGUGCUUCAAUAUGUGAUAACAUGAAACUACACUGUUAGCCAUUGCUGUUAAUUUUGAGGUCGAUAUUUGUCAUUUUACUGUACAUUUCUACAGUAAUAGUGUUUUGCUAUAUUUACUGUGAAUCACAAUGCUCUUGGGUACUUUUUGAUCCGUCCUGCAAAUUAACUUGGUACGCUUCACUUGCAAUUGCAUUUAAACUAAUAGGAUACUUGUUUAGAUUUCUGCAGUAAAUAUACUUAAUAAUAAUAAUAAUAAUAAUCCAUUUAGCAGACGCUUUUAUCCAAAGCGACUUACAGUCAUGCGUGCAUACAUUUUAAGCAGUAAGGCACGAGGGUGUGUGGUAUUUGACCAAUAUACAACGGCUAAGGACAGUUGUUACGCACGACGCAACACAGAGUGCCUGGACACAGCCCUUAGCCGUGGUAUAUUGGCCAUAUAUCACAAACCCCUGAGGUGCCUUAUUGCUAUUAUAAACUGGUUACCAAUGUAACUAGAGCAGAAAAAAUACAUGUUUUUUCAUACCCGUGGUAUAUGGUCUGAUAUACCACGGCUGUCAGCCAACCAGCAUUCAGGGCUCGAACCACCCAGUUUAUAAUGUGAAACAACAAACUGUAAUCAGGUAUACAGAAAUUCCAAUUACAGUUAUUUUCAAUACUGGAAAAUUUGGAAUUGGUAUUUGGUUCACUUUCUGAAUUGACUGGAACUUGAAUGGAAUUGACCUCAACAUUGGUUAGCACACUUGGGACGCAACCACACCGAGGAUUUGAACUCACAACCUCUUGGAUGCCAGCAACCUGAAUUUCCUGCUUCACCACCAGGUCUGUGGCCAAACACGUGAUUACCGACACCCGCAUAGCUGGUGCAGAUCUGAUAGAAUCUAGCCCGAAGUGUGCAUAAAUGCUCUCGGGAUUUAAACUUGCAACCUUUUGGUCUGGAGUGCCACAAGAUGCGACAUACAAAAAACAUCCAGUCAGCAGCAGUCCUGUGGGCAAAAACACCUCGUUACCAAGAGCAUACAGUUUAUGAGGUACACCACCCCGUUCACGAAAAUGUAUCACUCCUACAGACAGUGAAUCACGUGGCCCUGGCUUGUUAUAUAAAGCAGGCAUCGAGGCAUUCAGUUACUGUUCGAUUGAACGUUAGAAUGGGCGAAAUGAGUGACCUAAGCGACUGAGCAUGGUAUGAUUGUCGGUGCCAGGCGUGCCUGAUCCAGUAUCUCAGAAACGGCCACCCUCCUGGCUUUUCACGUACGAAAGUGUCUAGGGUUCAGGGCAUAACAUUUUCUUUUUGGUGCACCAGCCACUGUGGCAGGGAGAUUUAAAAAUCUACCAGCCACUCAGAUUUUUUACCACCCAAAAUAUUUUUGGGGCAUUCAAAUUAUACCAACAAAACACACAAAAACGGAUGAGCAUGCUUUGUAAUGUUUCUAAAACAAUAAAUGUAUUACUAGUAAGAAGUAAUGUGGUAUAUUGUUUAAUUAAGUCUUUUAACCAAAAUAUCACAGAUGAGACACAGAAAUUCACCUGCCCCUUUAAAUCAAAUCAAAUGUAUUUAUAAAGCCCUUUUUACAUCAGCAGAUGUCACAAAGUGCUUAUAAAAAAAAACAUCCUAAAACCCCAAACAGCAAGCAAUGCAGAUGUAGAAGCACGGUUGCUAGGAAAAACUCCCUAGAAAGGCAGGAACCUAUGAAGAAACCUAGAGAGGAACCAGGCUCCGAGGGGUGGCCAGUCCUCUUCUGGCUGUGCCGAGUGGAGAUUAUAAGAGUACAUGGCCAUUAAUGCAAGACCGUUCUUCAAGAUGGCGGGAGGUUACCGUGGUAGCGCGACUCGAGUCAUGUUUGUGCCUGUGAGAUUGGGUCUGACUAGUAGAAGCAUUCUCUUCUCUUCCCUAGCAGUUGAAACUCAAACAUAGAAAAACAAUCUAGCAUGUGAACAAAACAAUAUAAAUAGCCAAGAACCACAAGGACAAAGUCUCACUUCAGUAGACUUUAAUUUUAAGUAAAUUAGACCAACUUUUAUGCCUGUGUGCAGCGCUUCUAAAAAUGAAUCUUUCACUCCACUCUUUACGUGCGCACAGCCCCCAGCCAGGCAGUGUUGCAGCGUGAGGUGGAAUAGGCCAUUUAGGAUUCGUAGUUCUUUGACUUUGUGCGAUUAUUUUACCAGCUAUGAAAGAAUACGGCAGAAAUACUUUGAAAACAGCUACUGCAGCAUUUAUUUUACUAUAAAUGUGAUCAUACUUUACUAUUUUUACUGAAAAAUGCAAGUGAAAUGCUUGCACUGUGGAGCCCUGACCACCCGCCAACGUGGCUGGUGAAAUAAACAUCUUACACGCCAGUGCCAAAAUCUACCCGCAUUUGGCAGGUGGCUGGUGUUAAUUUUAGGCCCUGCUAGGGUUUACCGAGAAUGGUGCGACAAACCAAAAAACAUCCAGUCAGCAGCAGUCCUGUGGGUGAAAACAGCUCGUUGAUGAAAGAGGUCGAAGGAGAAUGGCAAGAAUCGUGCAAUCUAACAGGCGGGCCACAAACAGACAAAUAACGGCGCAGUACAACAGUGGUGUGCAGCAUCUCGGAAAGCACAACUCGUCGAUCCUUGUUACGGAUGGGCUAUUGCAGUAGAGGAUCAGCUAAAACAAGAAGAAGUGGCUCCAGUGGGCAUGUGAUCACCAACACUGGACAAUUGAGGAGUGGAAAAACAUCACCUGGAACAUGACAGUGAGUUCAGUUUACUCGAAUGGCCUGCGCAGUCCCCAGACCUGGAACCAAUAGAGCAUCUUUGGAAUGAGAUGGAAUGGGCUGUUCGCAUUAUGAAUGUACCACCAUCCAAUCUGCAGCAACUGCGUGAUGCCAUCGCGUCAUCAUAGACCAAAAUCUCCUUGGAACGUUUCCAACACCUUGUUGUUCUGGACGCAAAGGGGGUCCGACCCGGUACUAGAUGGGUGUACCUAAUCAACUGGCCGGCGAGUGUAUAUCCACACACUCUCAAAUAUAAGAGAACGGUUACGGUACAGUGUUGUUCCUUGGUGUACUAAAAGGUCAAAGGUACACAUAAGGAACCUUCAGAGGUACACAUAGGAACUCACAUGGUACUGGUCGGUACCUUUUUAGGGUACAUGUAGAUAAUCUAGUAUAUCGGGACAUUUUUCUACCCAAUAUAUUAAAUAUAAUGCUGCGUUCAUAACCAUGUGGGAGGUGGGAAUUUACCAGUUGUGAAGUCGUAAAUACCAGUUGGAUGCAUUCAUGUGCUUUGAACUUGUUGAGAAACGCCAAUUGGCUAAUGGCCAACAAGCUGUGUCAACCAUAAACUAAAAGUACAGCUAUUAUGCUUGUAAAGAAAUUAUAGAGUAAAAAAAAACAUAUUAAUAGAUAGCUUUUUAUAAAUAAUGUUUUGUUACAUUUAAUUGCCGGAAAAGCUGUUAUUGAGGUAAUUUCCUUAGUAGGUGAUGUCAGAGGUCAGCAUGUGGGAGAAGUCAGAACUCCGGGAUGAUAGAUGCAUUUCCCACUAGUAAUUCCCACUUCCCACUUGAUUACGAACGCAGGAUUGGGUACAAUCAUUACUGCACUUUGAAAUGUAGGUCGGGGCAAUGUGCUGGCGGGGGGCAUUAGCAUUUUUGGGGGCAUGGUCUAAAAUAUGUUGUAUUUGUGCCAUCCUUCAUUGGAAAUGUUGUACCAGUAUAAGUGGUUUUAUUGUUAUGUUGAUGAAGGUUGAGCACCUCUUUUGACACUGUCAGUUCUGCAAUCUUUAUAAGAACUUGUGACAUUCAAGAGCUGCACUGUUAAGAGGUUAAUGUACUUCUUCCAAAAGCUUAAUGGCAGCUGGUUCACAGGAAGUUCAUGUUUAGUUUUCAAUAACUUACUAUCAACUAGUUGCAAGUGGGUUAUUGUAAAAUUCACAACUUACUGUAGCUGAUAGGUAAGUGAGUAUUAUAAUAAGAUGGUGACUAGCUAUGAAUGAAAUAUCAUAUGGCUCUUUGGUAUCACAUGCACUUAUGUCAGCCUUUGACAAGGCUGGAGAAAAAGCUUAAUGUUUAUGAACAGAAUAUAACAGAGCACAUUAACUCGGAUGACAUUCCCUCUCAUGAGAGACCAAAAAGAGCUAGCUGAAAGCCACACUUCGAAUAAGCCACUCCUACAAUCUUCUGAUAGGCUGCUGCUGCUACAGUAUGCUGCCAAUCAGCAAGUGGCAACCGUUUUGGGAUGCAUGUUUCAGCAUGACAAUGCCCCCGAGGUCCAUACAGAAAUGGUUUGUCGAGAUCGGUGUGGAAGAACUUGACUGGCCUGCACAGAGCCCUGUCCUCAACCCCAUCAAACACCUUUGGGAUGAAUUGGAACUAUUCCUUUUAAAGUAGUAUUCUAAAUUGGACAUCUCAGCUUUCACAUGUGCUCAAAUGUUGUCUCGUAAUUUCAUGUUCUCACAUGUUUACAUUUUGCAUCCCAAUGUUGUCACAUUUAUUUCACGAGAUCAUGUUCUCACAUGUUGUCACGUUUGCUUCACAUGUUGUCACAUGUUAUCACAUUAACUUCACAUGUGAUCACGUGAAAUUCAUGUGGUUUUUCCGUAAGGGUGGUACUAAGCCUUUUUGUCUACAUGGGUUAGAGCAGCAUGUCAUCUCUGAAGUAUAUUUACAUUAAGUAGAUACAAUCUACUUACAACUAUGAUACCUGGGUCGUAUUCAUUAGGCACAGAACGGAAGAAAACUGACUGAAACAGGGAGAUGACUACCAGAACUUGUCCAAUUAGAAAUUGUAUUUUUCAUUUUCUGUUCAAAAACUUUUUCUACAGUGUGCCGUAAAAGUACGACCCUGUUGAGUAGCCUAAUAACAUAUUCCUCUCUCUCACCCCUCCCGUCUCCAGACUACAGUGUGUUCAACCAGGAGCAGGUUGAGGAUGAUGGUGAUGCAUCCUCUCUGGACGACACUGACCAAAGACUACUGACCUUCUCUGACAGCAAGCCAGAGGCGGUCCAGGGCCAUGCUCUUUGGAGGCAGCAGUUCAGCACCGUGGCCUGGCUACACAUGCUCAACAUGCAGAGAGAGAGGAAGGCCUUUGUCUACACGUGAGUCUGGGGGGGGAACUGCUUACCUCUCUAUUACCUAACCUAUAAUGACGUUAUUGACCUUAUACACUGUGUUGUUGUACUAAGGCUAUAGGUAAGGUAAUAGGGAGUUAAGCAGUUCUCUCCCCAUAUGCUCAACAUGUAGAGAGAGAGGAAGGCCUUUGGCUACACACGGGUUAGUCUGGGAUGAGAAGGACAGGGAACUGUUCUGGUCUGGGUGUGAACUCCAACACAGUGUCGGUGUGGGCCAAAGGUUCAUUUGAUACUUGUGGUGGCAGAGGAGCUUUCCACAUAGUGUCUGAGAGACAGUUACUCUAUGUAUUUCUCUCUCUCUCUCUCUCUCUCUCUCUCUCUCUCUCGCUCUCUCGCUCUCUCGCUCUCUCCCCCUCCCCCUCUCAGUCUGGCAUUGUUCCUGGUCUUCCUAGCUGCUGUGCUAGUGUUGUCUCUGGCUACGGGGAACAUCCAGAUCCACGCUCCAGAACGCCAGUUUGUCCCUAUCUACCUGCUGAGACCGAACCAGGCCCCCCGGAAAUACACCACCAGUCUACUGGUACAGAACUCAUCAGGUACGUCAGCCAAUCAGUCAGGAAAUACACCACCAGUCUACUGGUCCAGAACUCAUCAGGUACGUCAGCCAAUCAGUCAGGAAAUACACAACCAGUCUACUGGUCCAGAACUCAUCAGGUACGUCAGCCAAUCAGUCAGGAAAUACACCACCAGUCUACUGGUCCAGAACUCAUCAGGUUAGUCCAUACUCUCUUCUAUACUGUGAACUGAUACUCUUGAAUACUGUGUUCUCCUCCCAUCACUACAGCUCUGAAAUACUGUAUGUUCUCUAUCUAUCUCUUCCCAAGCAGUAGAGUUCCUAGCAGCAUUUGUUCACAGAAUAUGAAUGGCUGAAUACAAGAGUAGAAACACUCGUUAGAAACACACAGAACUACUUCUGUGACCUUCUGUGGUCUGUUUCUCUGUGCAGGCUCAGAUAUCUCCGACUUCAUCCAUAACCUGGAAUCUCAGGACAUCAAGGUAGAGAUGAUGAAGAACACAGACUACAUGUCCUGUGCUCCUCACAGCGCAGCCAUCAACGUCACCGGAUCCAACAAGGUGAAAAAUAAUAACCCCUCUUAUACAGGAGAAGGGCGACAUUCUCUCUCUCUCUCUCUCUCUCUCUCUGUGGGCGGAGCAGAGGUUUACCCUCUGGUUAUAUGCAUGAUGAGAAUGGUUCUAAAUUGAGUGCUAUAUGGAGUGCUCUUAGGCUGAGGCUAGUUAUGCAACAAGUGCCCUAAUUGAUAGUAGUGUGCUUCAGUAGAGUGGUUCUCGUUUACCCUGGCUGUCUGCCUAUGGUGCAGGGCCACAUAGGAUGUUUUUACACAGGCAGCACAAUUCUGAAUUCCCCCCCCCCAAUCAAAUCAGCUCUUUUGCCAAUAAUUGGGGCAUAAGAUCAGAAGGCUGACUGUGUAAACACAGUCAUAGAGAGGCCACUGAUGCCACUUUAAAUGCCCAGUCCUUGAUUGACUCUUCUUCUGUCUGGUUAUAGGGUUUCUGUUAAGCAUAGCUUUGCGCAAGUACACCCACACACACUCACACGUACAGACAACCAUUGACAACAGACACUUUUUCCUUUCUCUGGUAUGCAGGGUUUUAGAUACAGUGUAGCGUUCAACAGUACUACCGUCCACUCUUUGCCCAUGACAGUCAACGUCCUCAGUAACGCCAUCCUACGAGGUCUCAACGGCACACAACACAUCAACACCUGGACCAAGCCCUUCGACUAUGUAAGUCAAGUCCAAUGAGAUGAAUUAUGGAAAUAACACCGUGAUGGUUCAGUUGCAAUAGUCUUGAAAAAUGAAGUAAAAUUCUAUCUAAAACUUGUUACAGAUAUACACAAGCAAUAAAGUAUCUUUAUCCCUGUAUCUAUCGAAUCUUUCUAUCGAAUUAACAAACGGUGUCUGAAAGAGUGAGCAUCAUGCUACAAGAAUUUGACAUUCCCUCUGUUCUUCUCCUCAGCAAAUUCCCGACGCCACGUCCUAUGCUCUGGUCUACAUCGAGGCUAUCAUACUGGGAAUGCUAGCUGCGGGCAUGCCUGCCUACUUCGCCAUGGACCACACCCGAGACAGAGAGGUUAGCACUAAGCAGUCGAUUCACGGAAUAGCAGACUCCAUGAAUACUGUCUGGCACUGCUCGAAUGCAGGAAUGUCUGGAGCUUUCAGUUUUUUCCCGAUUCAGAAAUGACCUCAUUGGUGAUUGAUUGAACAAAAAUAGCGGUGAAACUGAAAGCCUACAAUACAACAAAACAGGCACUUUUUUUGUGAUCUACUGUACAUUCAAAAGCAUUAAUUGAAUAUGCUUUCCAUAUUAAUUGAUUGACUGUUUGAUUUUAUAGAUUUUUCCUUUCUCUUCUCCGUCCUAGAUAAAGUGCCGUUCAACGCUGCGUAUCUCUGGCCUGGUCCCGUCUGCGUACUGGUGUGGUCAGGCUGCGGUGGACAUCCCCUUCUACUACCUCAUACUGACCACCAUGACCAGCAUCCUCUUCUCCUUCCAUACUGCCAACCUGCUCACCUCCAGCAACGUCACCGCAGUGGUCAGUCAGUUAGACACGCACACUUCCAUGAUCAGUCACAUAGACACAGAAACAAUACACACAUACACUCCCUCAGACUGACUCUCUCUCUCCAUCCCCUUUUCUAUAGAUCCUGUGUCUGAUAGGUUUUGGUCCAGCUAUGAUCCUGUUCGCCUAUGUGGUGUCUUUCAUGUUCACACGCGUCCAGAGUAACAGAGACUUCUUCUCUGUGGUCUCCAUGAUGGUGAGAACAACAACCUUCCCUCCCUGUCACACAACAUUUAUACAACAUUCACACAACAUUAUUACAAUGUUCUUACAAUGUUCACGCAACAUUCUUACGUUUUUACAAUGUUCACACAUUAUCACAAUAUUCACACAACAGUCUUACAACGUUCACACAACAUUAUUACAACAUUCACACAACAUUCUUACAAUGUUAUUAAAACCCAGUGAGUAGUCUUUAUUAUUAAGUUUCCUCUAUAGUGAAAAAAAACAAGGGAAAGUAGAUUCAUGAUUUGUGUCAAUGUGGGAGCAGCUAUAUUACUUUGUGUUCGGUUCUUUUGUGUGUGUGUGUGUGUGUGUGUGUGUAUGUGUGUGUGUCGGUCUGUUGCAUACUAGGUGUGUGUGGUGUCUGCCUCCAUCGUCCAGCUGUCAUUUGUGAACGACAACCCCGGGCUGACAAGGAUCCUCCACAAUACACUAUGUUUCUUCAACCCUCUCUACCCCUUAAUGGGCUGCCUUAACUCUAUCACCAAGGCCACCUUUCUGCCCUCCCUCUAUGAAGAGGACUUCCUCUGGAAGAACCUGCUCAUUGCCGUCCUAUCUGUAAGUAGCAGGAAAUGCCCUGGACAUUAUAGUAGGAAUAGGAGUCAGAGUACAGAGAUGUUGGGGUGUAACAUGGAUUGGGGUUGUUGUUGUUGAUUACUUUGUAUCCGUUAGGAAAUUAUUUCUGUUUCAUACAGCAUGCUAGCAUAUCAAUAUUUUCGUAGACAGACAUACAGCACAUCACACACAUUGUUUCUCUCCAGCCCUAUCUGCAGUGCAUCCUGCUGCUGUUCAUGCUGCGCUGGUUGGAGAUCCGCUACGGAGGGAGGACCAUGAAGAAUGACCAGUUCUGCAGGUAAGGGAGGAGAGAAGAGGGGGGGCAGGGCUACUCAGAGGGUCAAUGAAUAGGGAGAGAAUGUUGAUAAAAAAUAUCACACAACUAAAGUCAUAGUUAAAGGCCCAGUGCAGUCAAAAAAAGGACUCACAUACAGUAGAAUAGAGAACCAUUUGUACAAACUGGCUGAAAUGAUUAACACAGCCGUUCACAAAGGUUAAUUUGGAAGGGAUAUAAAUACAGCACUAAUUUUGCUUUUAUUAAAAAAAGAAAAGGACACCACCCAGUGCUCUCACUAUCACCCCCUAUCUUUGAUAAAAACAGAUAUUAAACUAUUUUCUAAAAUUCUGUCAUCCCCUCUCGAAACUUACUUACCCAAAUUGGUACAUCCUCAGAUAACCUCCGUCAUCUAUUACACACAGUAUCUUAUUACAUACAGUAUCCUCAGAAACCAAAGCUCCUUGGGCAGUUCCUUGGGCAGUUCUAUCUCAGUACUCCUGAGUGGCGCAGUGGUCUAAGGCACUGCAUCUCAGUGCUAACUGUGCCACUAGAGAUCCUGGUUCGAAUCCAGGCUCUGUCGCAGCCGGCCGCGACCGGGAGACUCAUGGGCGGCGCACAAUUGGCCCAGCGUCGUCCAGGGUAGGGGAGGGAAUGGCCGGCAGGGAUGUAGCUCAGUUGAUAGAGCAUGGCGUUUGCAACGCCAGGGUUGUGGGUUCGAUUCCCACGGGGGGCCAGUAUAAAAAAAAAAAAAGAUGUAUUCACUAACUGUAAGUCGCUCUGGAUAAGAGCGUCUGCUAAAUGACUAAAAUGUAAAUGUAAAUGUAAAGCUUUUGAUAGAUUAGAAUCGUCCUAUCUUUGGUCAGUUUUAUUAAUAUUAUUAAUUAUUAUUAAUUAUUAUUAAUAUUAUUAAUAUGCCAUUUAGCAGACGCUUUUAUCCAAAGCGACUUACAGUCAUGCUGCAUACAUUUUUAUUAUUAUUAUUAUUAUUUUUAUUUUUUUGUGUAUGGGUGGUCCCGGGGAUCGAACCCACUACCUUAGCGUUACAAGCGCCGUGCUCGACCAGCUGAGCUACAGAGGACCACAUUUUGGAAAAUAUGAUAAAAAUUCUAUAUGCCAAUCCCUCAGCCAUAGUAAUAACAGGCAAUACCUGCUCUGUUCUGUUCAGAAUAACUAGAAGUAGCAGGCAAGGUGAUCCCAUCUCACCUCAGCUAUUUUUAUUGUAUAUGGAGCCCCUGGCCCUCAGUUCGACAAUUGAAAGAAAUUACACCAAUAUCUCUCAAUUCUACGGAUCACGUCAUCUCAUUAUACGCCGAUGAUAUCUUACUUUAUCUACAGUUGAAGUCGGAAGUUUACAUACACCUUAGCCAAAUACAUUUAAACUCAGUUUUUCACAAUUCCUGACAUUUAAUCCUAGUAAGAAAUCCCUGUCUUAGGUCAGUUAGGAUCACCACUUUAUUUUAAGAAUGUGAAAUGUCAGAAUAAUAGAGAGAAUGAUUUAUUUCAGCUUUUAUUUAUUUCAUCACAUUCCCAGUGGGUCAGAAGUUUACAUACACCCAAUUAGUAUUUGGUAGCAUUGCCUUUAAAUUGUUUAACUUGGGUCAAACGUUUCGGGUAGCCUUCCACAAGCUUCCCACAAUAAGUUGGGUGAAUUUUGGCCCAUUCCUCCUGACAGAGCUGGUGUAACUGAGUCAGGUUUGUAAGCCUUCUUGCUCGCACACGCUUUUUCAGUUCUGCCCACAAAUGUUCUAUAGGAUUGAGGUCAGGGCUUUGUGAUGGCCACUCCAAUACCUUGACAUUGUUGUCCUUAAGCCAUUUUGCCACAACUUUGGAAGUAUGCUUGGGGUCAUUGUCCAUUUGGAAGACCCAUUUGCGACCAAGCUUUAACUUCCUGACUGAUGUCAUGAGAUGUUGCUUCAAUAUAUCCACAUAAUUUUCCUUCCUCAUGAUGCCAUCUAUUUUGUAAAGUGCACCUGUCCCUCCUGCAGCAAAGCACCCCCACAGCAUGAUGCUGCCACCCCGGUGCUUCACGGUUGCGAUGGUGUUCUUCGGCUUGCAAGCAUUCCCCCUGGAAGAGGUGGUCUUCACUGAUAUAUCCCUUAAACAAUGUAACAUGGUGUCUCCUAUUGCCCUGGAAGAGGUGGUCUUCACUGAUAUAUCCCUUAAACAACGUAAUAUGGUGUCUCCUAUUGCCCUGGAAGAGGUGGUCUUCACUGAUUUAUCCCUUAAACAACGUAAUAUGGUGUCUCCUAUUGCCCUGGAAGAGGUGGCCUUCACUGAGAUAUCCCUUAAACAACGUAAUAUGGUGUCUCCUAUUGCCCUGGAAGAGGUGGCCUUCACUGAUAUAUCCCUUAAACAGCGUAAUAUGGUGUCUCCUAUUGCCCUGGAAGAGGUGGUCUUCACUGAUUUAUCCCUUAAACAAUGUCAACUACGCUUUGGUCCUAUUAUUGCUCACACAGUUUCUAUUUGGCGCAAAAUUGAAAAACAAUGUAACUGGACCAGUAGACUGGUGGUGUAUUUCCUGACUGAUUGGCUGACGUACCUGAUGAGUUCUGGACCAGUAGACUGGUGGUGUAUUUCCGGGGGGCCUGGUUCGGUCUCAGCAGGUAGAUAGGGACAAACUGGCGUUCUGGAGCGUGGAUCUGGAUGUUCCCCGUAGCCAAAGACAACACCAGCACAGCAGCUAGGAAGACCAGGAACAAUACCAGACAGAGGGAGAGGGGGGAGAAGAAAGAGGAAGAGAGAAAGAAAGGGAGAGUGCAAGGGAGAGAUCAUUUGAAUUACAGAGAGAGAGACAAAUACAUAAUAACUGUCUCUCAGACACAAUGUCGAAAGCUCCUCUGCCACCACGAGUAUCAAAUGGACCUUUGACCAACACCGACACUGUGUUGGAGUACACUAGGACCCCCACAGGCCUUACAAGACUCGUCUGAAGGUCCCCUGGUACCGGUUGAAAAAAUGAAUGGAAGUAUAUAUGGAGACUGUUUAAUGCCAAAAAAUAAGGGGUUAAAUACAUUAUAAUAAUAAAUGUUUCCUGAUCUUUCAUAUAUCUCUCAGAUAUAGGAGAGACACUUCAGAACAAACUUCCUUUUAAUAUUUUUUGGGGACUAUCUGUUGUUCCAUGUAGAGAAUCUGUUAUUCAAUGCAUUUGUAUGGGCUAAUAGCAGUAAGGCCAAAAAUAGUUUUUAAUCAAAUAAUGUUUUUCUAUAUUUUUUUUAAUACUUCAAGGGGUCUUAAAAUUCAAAAUCAAAUAGCUAAAUGAUCCUUGGUGUGACCUUAAAACAAUUGCAUAUACAGUUGAAGUCGGAAGUUUACAUACACUUAGGUUGGAGUCAUUAAAACUGUUUUUCAACCACUCCACAAAUUUCUUGUUAACAAACUAUAGUUUUGGCAAGUCGGUUAGGACAUGUACUUUGUGUAUGACCCAAGUAAUUUUUCCAACAAUUGUUUACAGACAGAUUAUUUCACUUAUAAUUCACUGUAUCACAAUUCCAGUGGGUAAGAAGUUUACAUACACUAAGUUAACUGUGCCUUUAAACAGCUUGGAAAAUUCCAGAAAAUGAUGUCAUGGCUUUAAAAGCUUCUGAUAGGCAUCUAAUUGACAUCAUUUUAGUCAAUUGGAGGUGUACCUGUGGAUGUAUUUCAAGGCCUACCUUCAAACUCAGUGCCACUUUGCUUGACAUCAUGGGAAAAUCAAAAGAAAUCAGCCAAGACCUCAGAAAAAAGAUUGUUGACCUCCACAAGUCUUGUUCAUCCUUGGGAGCAAUUACCAAAUGCCUGAAGGUACCACGUUCAUCUGUACAAACAAUAGUACGCAUGUAUAAACACCAUGGGACCAUGCAGCCGUCAUACCGCUCAAGAAGGAAACGCGUUCUGUCUCCUAGAGAUGAACGUACUUUGGUGCGAAAAGUGCAAAUCAAUCCCAGAACAACAGCAAAGGACCUUGUGAAGAUGCUGGAGGAAACAGGUACAAAAGUAUCUAUAUCCACAGUAAAACGAGUCCUAUAUCGACAUAACCUGAAAGGCCGCUCAGCAAGGAAGAAGCCACUGCUCCAAAACCGCCAUAAAAAAGUCAGACUACGGUUUGCAACUGCACAUGGGGACAAAGAUCGUACUUUUUGGAGAAAUGUCCUCUGGUCUGAUGAAACAAAAAUAGAACUGUUUGGCCAUAAUGACCAUCGUUAUGUUUGGAGGAAAAAGGAGGGGCUUGCAAGCCGAAGAACACCAUCCCAACUGUGAAGCACGGGGUGGCAGCAUCAUGCUGUGGGGGUGCUUUGCUGCAGGAGAGACUGGUGCACUUCACAAAAUAGAUGGCAUCAUGAGGAAGGAAAAUUAUGUGGAUAUAUUGAAGCAACUUCUCAAAACAUCAGUCAGGAAGUUAAAGCUUGGUCGCAAAUGGGUCUUCCAAAUGGACAAUGACCCCAGGCAUACUUCCAAAGUUGUGGCAAAAUGGCUUAAGGACAACAAAGUCAAGGUAUUGGAGUGGCCAUCACAAAGCCCUUAUCUCAAUCCUAUAGAACAUUUGUGGGCAGAACUGAAAAGGCGUGUGCGAGCAAGGCAGCCUACAAACCUGACUCAGUUACACCAGCUCUGUCAGGAGGAAUGGGCCAGAAUUCACCCAACAUAUCGUGGGAAGCUUGUGGAAGGCUACCCGAAACGUUUGACCCAAGUUAAACAAUUUAAAAGCAAUGCUACCAAAUACUAAUUGAGUGUAUGUAAACUUCUGACCCACUGGGAAUGUGAUGAAAUAAAUAAAAGCUGAAAUAAAUCAUUCUCUCUACUAUUAUUCUGACAUUUCACAUUCUUUAAAUAAAGUGGUGAUCCUAACUGACCUAAGACAGUGAUUUUUUACUAGGAUUAAAUGUCAGGAAUUGUGAAAAACUGAAUUUAAAUGUAUUUGGCUAAGGUGUAUGUAAACUUCCGACUUCAACUGUAGCUUAGUAGAACCCCCCUCCCCCGACUUAGACAGGGCUUAGACUCUGAUGGGUCAAUCAAUCAGAGAUGAUUACUACUGGCAGGCAGCUACAAAAAAUAUGUUGGCAAUCACCCCACUCUCUCCCAAUUCGCCAGUGGAUACAGUUACUUUUAGAAGUUAUAGCAUAAGAAUUAUCGACAGUGAGACUGAAUGGUGCUAGUCAAGGAACGAUUGAGGCCUGGACAAAUAUACUUGACUCUGUAAAGAAUAAUCUCAGCUAAAGCCCAACUCAUACAGUGCCUUCAGAAAGUAUUCAUACCCCUUGACUUAUUCCACAUUUUGUUGUGUUGCAGCCUGAAAUCAAAAUGGAUUACAAUUAUUUUUUUAUCACCCAUCUACACACAAUACCCCAUAAUGACAAAGUGAAAACAUGUUUUCAGAAAUGUUUGCUAAUUUAUUGAAAAUGAAAUACAGAAUUAUGUAAUUUAUAUAAGUAUUCACACCCCUGGGUCAAUACUUUGUAGAAUCACCUUUGGCAGCAGUUACAGCUGUGAGUCUUCCUGGGUAAGUCUCUAAGAGCUUUCCACACCUGGAUUGUGCGACAUUUGCCAAUUAUUCUUUUCAAAAUUCUUCAAGCUCUGUCAAAUUGGUUGUUGAUCAUUGCUACACAACCAUUUUCAGGUCUUGCCAUAGAUCUUCAAGUAGAUUUAAGUCAAAACUGUAACUCGGCCACUCAGGAACAUUUACUGUCUUCAUGGUAAGAAACUCCAGUGUAGAUUUGGCCUUGUGAUUUAGGUUAUUGCCCUGCUGAAAGGUGAAUUAAUCUCGCAGUGUCUGGUGGAAAGCAGACUGAACCAGGUGUUCGUCUAGUAUUUUCUAGUGCACACAGAGUGUCUAUGCAAUUUAUUAUGUGACUUGUUAAGCAAAUGUUUACACCUGAACUUAUUUAGGCUUGCCGUAACAAAGGGGUUGAGUACUUAUUGACUGAAGACAUUUCAGCUUUUCAUUUUGAAUUAAUUUGUAAAACUUUAGAAAAACAUUCCACUUUGACAUUAUGGGUUAUUGUGUGUAGGCCAGUGACAAAAAUCUCAAUUUAAUCCAUUUUAAAUUCAGGCUGUAACACAAUAAGAUUUGGAAAAAGUCAAGGGAUUUGAAUACUUUCUGAAGACACUGUACAUAUAAACAAUCUAUAAAGCCCAAUAUAUACAUAUAAACAAACAAACAAACAAAAACAAAACAAAAAUAUAUAUAUAUAUAUAUAUAUAUAUAUAUAUACUGAACAAAAAUAUAAACGCAACAUGCAACAGUUGAUAUAAGGAAAUCAAUCAAUUGAAAUAAAUUACUUAGGCCCUAAUCUAUGGAUUUCACAUCACUGGGAAUACAAAUAUGCAUCUGUUGGUCACAGGUACCGUUAAAAAAAAGGUAGGGGCGUGCGUUGAAAACCGCUCGCCCUCAUGAUGCCAUGGCGUCUGCCAUCUGCCCGGUACAGUUCAUAUCGGUAUUCAUCCGUGAAGAGUAAUCUUCUCCAGCGUGCCAGUGGCAUCGAAGGUGAGCAUUUGCCCACUGAAGUCGGUUAUGACGCCGAACUGCAGUCAGGUCAACACCCUGGUGAGGACAACGAGCACGCAGAUCAGAGCUUGUGAGCAGAGUUGAGCGGUUGGAAAUCUCGCUCCAUGUCCUUUCCUACUGCUCCGCGCUCACAGGAAAGAAAACUGCCUCUCUAAAUUCGCUCCAUUUAUUAAAAUCACAAUUUAACCAACACUCAUCUAUUUUUGUGACUACCUGGACCUACCAAUUUGAAGCAAACUAAGCAUUUGAAGCAUUUGCGAGUGCAACACAAUAGGCUGGUAGGGACAUAUAACCCUCAGCAUUCAAACAACAUUUCGUUGUAUUAAAUCAUUAUAGUCUAUAAAUUAAACAUAUAGGCUGUGACUUACUUAGAAUAAAUACACAUUAAAUUAAAAAUGACUUAUUCGUACCUUUGAAUUCAUUCUUAGAAACCAGUUUGUGGCUUCAGGCUCAUGCGAUGGUGCCUGGAGAGCCGGUCAGCAGCGCAGAAUAUCCUCUCCACACUUGCAGAGCCACUGGGGAUGCUAAAUACCCUUUAGGCCACUCUUGCCAGGCUGGGCAGAGAUGCAGAGUUGUUGUUUUAUUUUUCUGUAGGUAGGCCUAAAGGUUUUUAGGCAAAAUAACCCAAUCAAAACGGAAAGCUCCUUGAACGUGGGAAUACGCCAGGCCUAUUGGGCCAAAAUCAAUUAUGGACGAUUGUAUAGAUAAUAGAAUGAAAAUGAUCUAAACGUUUAAGAGAUUGGAUUUUAGUUUAUAAAUACUUUGCUACAAUGACACACUCGUUAUCUACCCACCUCGUUCCUUUCGUUUAGCAUGUGCAUGUAGCAUGCUUUUGGGAUACGUGUCUUUUCAGAUUCCACAAUUAUUCUUUAGUUGUGGACACUACAUCAUGGCACUCCCUCUUGGUCCUCAUCUUUGUAAGUCACCUUGAUUUAGCACCUGUGUGUUUUAUCAGUUUCUUUAUGAAAAUAUUUAGCGAACUCCAUGACAGUAGCUAAAGCAAGGGGUUACAUAAGUAGACUACAAAUGUAUGCUGGGGCGGGUAUGCCCUGAGCUCGUGAAGUGAGCGCUACUGGAGCGAAAUUUGGAGCUCCAGACUUUGGGAAUCUCGCUCCACGCUCCAGUCAAAUUGGGCACGCUUUGCUCCAGCUCUGCUCCGCUCACAUACUCUUGACGCAGAUGAGCUACCCUGAGAUGGUUUCUGACAGUGUGCAGAAAUUAUUUGAUUGUGCAAACCCACAGUUUCAUCAGCUGUCCGGGUGGCUGGUCUCAGACGAUCCCGCAGGUGAAGAAGCCGGAUGUGGAGGUCCUGGGCUGGCGUGCUUACACGUGGUCUGCGGUGUUGGACGUACUGCCAAAUUCUCUAAAAUGACGUUGGAGGGGGCUUACGCUAAAGAAAUUAACACUAAAUUCUCUGGCAACAGCUCUGGUGGACAGUCUUGCAGUCAGCAUGCCAAUCGCACGCUCCCUCAAAACUUGAGACAUCUGUGGCAUUCUGUAGGCCCCCUCUUUUUGUUUGUCUUUUCUUUACAUACCAAUUUUAUUAUUACGAAAUCCUGUGUGGUCAAUAUGAUCAUUCAUAAUUUUUUUGGGAGUGGCAGCUUACGGUACAUGAGUAUAAACUAAAAGUGUGUAAAUGUACAUGAAUAUUGUACCUGUAACCCCCCAACAAAAAAAUGACAAAGGAAGUUAAAACUUUGUCCAAAAAAACUAAAAAUAAGCUAUUGUUGUUUCUUUCUGACCAUUUCAAUUUAAAACAAUCACAGUAUGGUACUUGAUGAUUUGAUUUUGAGAUAACAACGGCUGCAUUGGACCUUUAAGUCAUCAUAAUACGCCACCUAGCCUCUAUUCCAGGCUUCCUUGUGUUGAAUGAGACUUGGAAGUAUGGUAACAUGAGACUAUGAAACUGAAUAUUACCAUUGUCUUUCCCCUGAAGGAUCUCUUCCAAGACUAAGGCUAAAGUGGAGCGUAACCCAGAGGAGGGGAUCAACGAGGAUGAGGAUGUUCAGAUGGAAAAGGCUCGGGUGAAGGAGGCCCUCACCUGCCAGUGCUGUGAGGAGGUGUGUGUGUGUGUGGCCAUCACGAGGUGUGUGUGGCCAUCACGAGGUGUGUGUGUGUGAUGAUCACGAGGUGUGUGUGUUAAGUGCUUUUUGUAUUCACACCUUGAUCUCUGUGGAAGACGGGUCCCAUCUUUGAAAGGGGAUUUGCCAUGUUUUGACGGUUUCCUCAGAAUAUCUAUUAACUGUCAUCAGGUCAUCUAAUAAUCUAUCUUGUGUGCACCCCCCCAGAAACCAGUAGUGGUGGUGAGUAACUUGAGGAAGCAGUAUAAAUGUCAACGGGAAGGCAUCUCUCUCAAGAAGAAGAGGAUGGUAGCCACCAAGAACAUCUCCUUCUGCGUACGCAAAGGUCAGCUGAGCUUACUACUCCCAGUCCAACUGUAAGCUGUACAUUUGAUCAGUCAAACACUAAACGAUUCCAUUGCUUAACAUUGAGCACAUUGAGUUAUGAAUGCAAUGAUUUUGAGAGUGUAUGACAUAUGUCCACGGCAGUGGAGGCUGCUGAAGGGAGGACGGCUCAUAGUAAUGGAGGGAACGGAAUAAAUGGAAUGGUAUCAAACGCGUGGUUUCCAUGUACUCCAUUCCAGCCAUUAUUAUAAGCUGUCCUCCACUGAAUUUAAAUGGGGCUUAGGUGGUGGGGGUGGUAGGGGGCGUGCCAGGGGCGCAGUUGGCCUGUCAGUGCAGUUAAAUAAAUAAAACUUGAGGCCCCAAUCUUGCCGGUGUAGAGAAAUUAUAGAAAUUAUUAAACCAAUUUCCUGCUAUUCUACACAUUUUCCAUGCAGCUGUUAUUUUUGGGGGAUAGUUUUAAAGUAGAUUUCCUGCAAUUCUAUGCAUUUUGCCAUGGCUAAUGCUGUGUUCUUUUGCCCAAACAAAAUAACAAAAUAUAUACUGCUAAAUUAAUUGUUUUUUGAAUUUUCAAUUCUCCCUGACUGUCUAGCUUUUAUUUUGGUGGUUUUUAGUUCAAAGAUUAUACCCCAAAAAAAUAUUUAGGUCCAUUAUCUUUUCUACAUACUUUAUAUCUGGUUGUAGUCGUUUAAGUUUACACUGAAAGCGUUUUUCCAUCCGAAAAUGUAUGAACAAAUAUUAUAUACACUACCGUUCAAAUGUUUGGGGUCACUUAGAAAUGUCAUUGUUUUCGAAAGAAAAGCAAUUUUUUUGUCCAUUAAAAUAACAUUAAAUUGAUCAGAAAUAAAGUGUAGACAUUGUUAAUGUUGUAAAUGGCUAUUGUAGCUGGAAAAGGCUGAUUUGUAAUGGAAUACAGUGGGGGAAACAAGUAUUUAGUCAGCCACCAAUUGUGCAAGUUCUCCCACUUAAAAAGAUGAGAGAGGCCUGUAAUUUUCAUCAUAAGUACACGUCAACUAUGACAGACAAAAUGAGAAAAAUAAAUCCAGAAAAUCACAUUGUAGGAUUUUUAAUGAAUUUAUUUGCAAAUUAUGGUGGAAAAUAAGUAUUUGGUCAAUAACAAAAGUUUCUCAAUACUUUGUUAUAUACCCCUUGUUGGCAAUGACACAGGUCAAACGUUUUCUGUAAGUCUUCACAAGGUUUUCACACACUGUUGCUGGUAUUUUGGCCCAUUCCUCCAUGCAGAUCUCCUCUAGAGCAGUGAUGUUUUGGGGCUGUCGCUGGGCAACACGGACUUUCAACUCCCUCCAAAGAUUUUCUAUGGGGUUGAGAUCUGGAGGCUGGCUAGGCCACUCCAGGACCUUGAAAUGCUUCUUACGAAGCCACUCCUUCGUUGCCCAGGCGGUGUGUUUGGGAUCAAUGUCAUGCUGAAAGACCCAGCCACGUUUCAUCUUCAAUGCCCUUGCUGAUGGAAGGAGGUUUUCACUCACAAUCUCACGAUACAUGGCCCCAUUCAUUCUUUCCUUUACACGGAUCAGUCGUCCUGGUCCCUUUGCAGAAAAACAGCCCCAAAGCAUGAUGUUUCCACCCCCAUGCUUCACAGUAGGUAUGGUGUUCUUUGGAUGCAACUCAGCAUUCUUUGUCCUCCAAACACGACGAGUUGAGUUUUUACCAAAAAGUUCUAUUUUGGUUUCAUCUGACCAUAUGACAUUCUCCCAAUCCUCUUCUGGAUCAUCCAAAUGCACUCUAGCAAACUUCAGACGGGCCUGGACAUGUACUGGCUUAAGCAGGGGGACACGUCUGGCACUGCAGGAUUUGAGUCCCUGGCGGCGUAGUGUGUUACUGAUGGUAGGCUUUGUUACUUUGGUCCCAGCUCUCUGCAGGUCAUUCACUAGGUCCCCCCGUGUGGUUCUGGGAUUUUUGCUCACCGUUCUUGUGAUCAUUUUGACCCCACGGGGUGAGAUCUUGCGUGGAGCCCCAGAUCGAGGGAGAUUAUCAGUGGUCUUGUAUGUCUUCCAUUUCCUAAUAAUUGCUCCCACAGUUGAUUUCUUCAAACCAAGCUGCUUACCUAUUGCAGAUUCAGUCUUCCCAGCCUGGUGCAGGUCUACAAUUUUGUUUCUGGUGUCCUUUGACAGCUCUUUGGUCUUGGCCAUAGUGGAGUUUGGAGUGUGACUCUUUGAGGUUGUGGACAGGUGUCUUUUAUACUGAUAACAAGUUCAAACAGGUGCCAUUAAUACAGGUAACGAGUGGAGGACAGAGGAGCCUCUUAAAGAAGAAGUUACAGGUCUGUGAGAGCCAGAAAUCUUGCUUGUUUGUAGGUGACCAAAUACUUACUUUCCACCAUAAUUUGCAAAUAAUUUCAAUAAAAAUCCUACAAUGUGAUUUUCUGGAUUUUUUUUGCUCAAUUUGUCUGUCAUAGUUGACGUGUAGCUAUGAUGAAAAUUACAGUCCUCUCUCAUCUUUUUAAGUGGGAGAACUUGCACAAUUGGUGGCUGACUAAAUACUUUUUUCCCCACUGUAUGUUAGCACAGCUGAAAACUGUUGUGCUGAUUAAAGAAGCAAUAAAACUGGCCUUCUUGAGACUAGUUGAGUAUCUGGAGCAUCAGCAAUUGUGGGUUCGAUUACAGGCUCAACGUGGCCAGAAACAAAUAACUUUCUUCUGAAACUAGUCAGUCUAUUCUUGUUCUGAGAAAUGAAGGCUAUUCCAUGUGAGAAAUUGCCAAGAAACUGAAGAUCUCGUAAAACGGUGUGUACUACUCCCUUCACAGAGCAGCGCAAACUUGCUCUAACCAGAAUAGAAAGAGGAGUGGGAGGCCCCGGUGCACAACUGAGCAAGAGGACAAAUACAUUAUUGUCUAGUUUGAGAAACAGACGCCUCACAGGUCCUCAACUGGCAGCUUCAUUAAAUAGUACCCACAAAACACCAGUCUCAACGUCAACAGUGAAGAGGCGACUCCGGGAUGCUGACCUUCUAGGCAGAGUUGCAAAGAAAAAGCCAUACCUCAGACUGGCCAAUAAAAAGAAAAGAUUAAGAUGGGCAAAAUAACACAGACACUGGACAGAGGAAGAUUGGAAACAAGUGUUAUGGACACGAAUCGAAGUUUGAGGUAUUCGGAUCACAAAGAAUAACAUUUGUGAGAAGCAGACCAAAUGAAAAGAUGCUGGAGGUGUGCUUGAUGCCAUCUGUCAAGCAUGGUGGAGGCAAUGUGAUGGUCUGGGGGUGCUUUGGUGGUGGUAAAGUGGGAGAUUUGUACAGGGUAAAAGGGAUCUUGAAGAUGGAAGGCUAUCACUCCAUUUUGCAACGCCAUGCCAUACCUUGUGGACGGCGCUUGAUUGGAGCCAAUUUCCUCCUACAACAGGACAAUGACCCAAAGCACAGCUCCAAACUAUGCAAUAACUAUUUAGGGAAGAAGCAGUCAGCUGGUAUUCUGUCUAUAAUGGAGUGGCCAACACAGUCACCGGAUCUCAACCCUAUUGAACUGUUGUGGGAGCAGCUUGACCGUAUGGUACGUAAGAAGUGCCCAUCAAGCCAAUCCAACUUGUGGGAGGUGCUUCAGGAAGCAUGGGGUGAAAUCUCUUCAGAUUACCUCAACAAAUUGACAACUAGAAUGCCAAAGGUCUGCAAGGCUGUAAUUGCUGCAAAUGGAGGAUUCUUUGACGAAAGGAAAGUUUGAAGGACACAAUUAUUAUUUCAAUUAGAAAUCAUUAUUUCUAACCUUGUCAAUGACUACAUUUCCUAUGCAUUUUGCUAUAUUUCCAAUUCAAACUCAUUUCGUGUAUGUUUUCAUGGAAAAACAAGGACAUUUCUAAGUGACCCCAAACUUUUGAAUGGUAGUGUAUAUACAGUUGAAGUCAGAAAUGUUUAUACACUUAGGUUGGAGUCAUUAAAACUCAUUUCUUCAACCACUCCACAAAUUUCUUUUUAACAAACUAUCGUUUUGGCAAGUCGGUUAGGACAUCUACUUUGUGCAUGACACAAGUAAUUCUUCCAACAAUUGUUUACAGACAGAUUAUUUCACUUAUAAUUCACCAUAUCACAAUUCCAGUGGGUCAGAAGUUUACAUACACCUAGUUGACUGUGCCUUUAAACAGCUUGGAAAAUUCCAGAAAAUGAUGUCAUGGCUUUAGAAGUUUCUGAUAGACUCAUUGACAUCAUUUGAGUCAAUUGGAGGUGUACCUGUGGAUGUAUUUCAAGGCCUGCCUUCAAACUCAGUGCCUCUUUGCUUGACAUCAUGGGAAAAUCAAAAGAAAUCAGCCAAGACCUCAGAAAAAUAAUUGUAGACCUCCACAAGUUUGGUUCAUCCUUGGGAGCAAUUUCCAAGCGCCUGAAGGUACCAGGUUCAUCUGUACAAACAAUAGUACGCAAGUAUAAACACCAUAGGACCACGCAGCCGUCAUACUGCUCAGGAAGGAGACGCAUUCUGUCUCCUAGAGAUGAAUGUACUUUGGUGCGAAAAGUGCAAAUCAAUCCCAGAACAACAGCAAAGGACCUUGUGAAGAUGCUGGAGGAAACAGGUACAAAAGUAUCUAUAUCCACAGUAAAACGAGUCCUAUAUCGACAUAACCUGAAAGGCCGCUCAGCAAGGAAGAAGCCACUGCUCCAAAACCACCAUAAAAAAGCCAGACUACGGUUUGUAACUGCACAUGGGGACUAAGAUCGUACUUUUUGGAGAAAUGUCGUCUGGUUUGAUGAAUCAAAAAUAGAACUGUUUGGCCAUAAUGACCAUCGUUAUGUUUGGAGGAAAAAGGGGGUGGCUUGCAAGCCAAAGAAUACCAUCCCAACCGUGAAGCACGGGGGUGGCAGCAUCAUGCUGUGGGGGUGCUUUGCUGCAGGAGUGACUGGUGCACUUCACAAAAUAGAUGGCAUCAUGAGGAAGGAAAAUUAUGUGGAUACAUUGAAGCAACAUCUCAAGACAUCAGUCAGGAAGUUUGGUCGCAAAUGGGUCUUCCAAAUGGACAAUGACCCCAAGCAUACUUCCAAAGUUGUGGCAAAAUGGCUUAAGGACAACAAAGUCAAGGUAUUGGAGUGGCCAUCACAAAGACCUGACCUCAAUCCUAUAGAACAUUUGUGGGCAGAACUGAAAAAGCAUGUGCGAGCAAGAAGGCCUACAAACCUGACUCAGUUACACCAGCUCUGUCAGGAGGAAUGGGACAAAAUUUACCCAACUUUUUCUGGGAAGCUUGUGGAAGGCUACCCGAAACAUUUGACCCAAAUUAAACAAUUUAUAGACAAUGCUACCAAAUACUAAUUGAGUGUUUACUAGAGGCUGCUCGCCUUCUGACCCACUGGGAAUGUAAUGACAUAAAUAAAAGCUUAAAUAAAUAAUUCUCUCUACUAUUAUUCUGACAUUUCACAUUGUUAAAAUAAAGUGGUGAUCGUAACUGACCUAAGACGGGGAAUUUAUACUAGGAUGAAAUGUCAGGAAUUGUGAAAAACUGAGUUUAAAUGUAUUUGGCUAAGGUGUAUGUAAACCUCAGACUUAAACUGUAUAUAUAUAUUAUAUAUAUGUAUAUAUAUGUAUGUAUAUGUAUAUAUAUGUAUGUAUAGAUGUAUGUAUGUGUAUAUGUGUGUAUAUAUAUAUAAUAUAUAUGUAUAUAUAUAUAUAUAUAUAUAUAUAUAUAUAUAUAUAUAUAUAUAUUAUAUAUAUAUAUAUAUAUAUAUUAUACACAGUUUGUACUUAGGCGACCCGAAAAAAACACUUAGGUGGCCCGUCCAAGGAUACUAAUGGCAGAGAAAUCCCUGAGGUCUGCACUGUGAGGCUUGGGUUUUUCAACAAUGUCAAUGUUCUCAUAACAGAAAACCAGUAUAGCAACUGUGUGUGUGUUCAGGUGAGGUGCUUGGACUGUUGGGGCCCAACGGAGCAGGGAAAAGCACCAUCAUGCAUAUGUUGUCUGGAGACACAGACCCAACCGCUGGACAGGUACACACCAUUUACCCUCUCUGCCUCUUGACUGGACCCUAUAUGGAAUUUGUAGGGCCAGUUUCCUGGACUAAAAAGUCAUUUAAAUUGAAAAUGCCUUUUAAGCCAGGUGUACACUAUACAAUUUUGGUCCGGAUUUAGCUGUCCCAGACAAGUUUUUGAUAUCGGAGAAAAAAAUCCCUAUGUCAUUGCCUACUCAGGGUGCGAGGCCGUCACAGACGCUCGUAUAAUGUGAGUGGGUCAGAGACUAAAUCUGAGGGCUACCGAUCUCGUCUUUGAGCAGUCCCAGAUGUCACGAUAUUUUCAAAUGUAUUAUUAGCACAAAAUCUGCAAUGUGCGUAUUGUGUGAGAUGUGCAACGACAAGUUUUGAGAACGGUGAUGAGCAAUAGCCAAUGAGAGCUCGUCAGAGAAGAAGCCAAUGAGAUGAUUACGUUGUUUUGCUUCAACCAUAAUGUGUAGACUCUCAAGAAGGAGCGAUGACUACUACUAGUAUGCGUUUGUACUUGCCUUUAAUCAAAGCCAAAGUGUCAAAUUGUUACAGCUCUGAAGUUCACAAGCAAUGUUAUUCAGUUCAAAAUGUUGGCUAGAUAUUUCAACUCUGUAUGGCAAGCGUGAAUGUCUGACUGAAAACAUUUAAGGCUGCUUUGAGCCACAGCUCGUUGUAGCUAUGUUAAAUGGAAUCCCAUCAUUAUUUUCGUGAGACAGCAUGGUAAUUGACAAUCCUCAAGACCAAGUGUGUGACCCCUGUCUGUGCCACAUCGUUUAGUGUGCACACCACUACGUUGGCAAGGCAAAAGCAACUACAGGAAAGAUGUUCAUUUAAUGUGAGAGGGUUAGCAAUGUUAGGAUUUUGAAAGUUGUGUAGUGUACACCCGGCUUUAGUCCACAGCUAGUCAUAAUCUCAGCCUUAAAGGCCCUGUGCAGUCAAAAACGUGAUUGUCCUGUAGACCCCUUGACUUUUUCCAAAUUUUGUUACGUUACAUCCUUAUUCUCAAAUUGAUUAAAUUGUUUUUUUUCCCUCAAUCUACACACAAUAUCCCAUAAUGACAAAGUAAAAGUAGGUUUUAAUAAAUCUUUGCAAAUGUAUAAAAAAAAACGGAUAUUACAUUUACAUAAGUAUUUAGACGCUUUACUCAGUACUUUGUUGAAGCACCUUUGGCACCGAUUACAGCCUCAAGUCUUCUUGGGUAUGACGCUACAAGCUUAGCACACCUGUAUUGGGGGAGUUUCUCCCAUUCUUCUCUGCAGAUCCACUCAAGCUCUGUCAGGUUGGAUGGGGAGUGUCGCUGCACAGCUAUUUUCAGGUCUCUCCAAAGAUGUUCGAUCAGGUUCAAGUCCGGGCUCUGGCUGGGCCACUCAAGGACAUUCAGAGACUUGUCCCGAAGCCACUCCUGCGUUGUCUUGGCUGUGUGCUUAGGGUCGUUGUCCUGUUGGAAGGUGAACCUUCGUCCCGGUCUGAGGUCCUGAGCGCUCUGGAGCAGGUUUUUAAAGGAUCUCACUGUACUUUGCGCUGUUCAUCUUUCCCUCAAUCCUAACUAGUCUCCCAGUCCCUGCCGCUGAAAAACAUCCCCACAGCAUGAUGCUGCCACCACCAUGCUUCACCAUAGGGAUGGUGCCAGGUUUCCUCCAGACGUGACGCUUAGCAUUCAGGCCAAAGAGUUCAAUCUUGGUUUCAUCAGACCAGAGAAUCUUGUUUCUCAUGGUCUGAGUCCUUCAGUGCCUUUUACUGAGAAGUGGCUUCCGUCUGGCCACUCUACCAUAAAGGCCUGAUUGGUGGAGUGCUGCAGAGAUGGUUGUCUUUCUGGAAGGUUCUCCCAUCUCCACAGAGGAACUCUGGAGCUCUGUCAGAGUGACCAUUGGGUCCUUGGUCACCUCCCUGACCUUGGCCCUUCUCCCCCGAUUGCUCAGUUUGGCUGGGCGGCCAGCUCUAGCAAGAGUCUUGGUGGUUCCAAACUUCUUCCAUUGAAGAAUGAUGGAGGCCACUGUGUUCUUGGGGGCCUUCAAUGUAGCAGACAUUUUUUGGUACCCUUCCCCAGAUCUGUGCCUUGACACAAUCCUGUCUCGGGGCUCUACGGACAAAAUUCCUUCAACCUCAUGGCUUGGUUUUUGCGCUGACAUGCACUGUCAACUGUGGGACCUUAUAUAGUGCCUUUCUAAAUCAUGUCCAAUCAAGUGAAUUUACCACAGGUGGACUCCAAUCAAGUUGUAGAAACAUCUCAAGGAUGAUCAAUGGAAACAGGAUGCACCUGUGCUCAAUUUCGAGUCUCAUAGCAAAGGGUCAGAAUACUUAUGUAAAUAAGGUCAAGGGGUCUGAAUAAAUUCUGAAUGCACUGUAUGUUUCCACACUGAGGUUGGAAUAAUUGUGAAAAAUGUAUGCCCUUUUAGUGUAUGAGCUGUUUGAAAAUACCAUCUGAAAUUUCAACCUGUUUUGGUGGGAUGAAGUUUUAGCCUGCCUGUUGACAUCACCAGGCAAUAAAUUAGUUAAUAGACCAAUAAGAAAGAGUUCCAAUCCUCUCUGCCAAUAAAACAGCUAGUUUUCAGUUGUCCCCUCCCCACUCAGACCACUCCCAGACAGUAUUAACAAAAUUAUUUCUUGAGAAAUGUAUCUUUGCUUAGAAGCUAUUUGUUUUCAAUCAAAAUGGUAAAAAAAAUUAACAGUCACAGUAAGGUACUUAAUUAUUGCCCAGAGAUUGUUUAAUAUUGAGACAAAAACCAGCUGCAUUUCAGGUCCAAUCUGAUCCUAUAUGAUUACAUUUGACAGUCUGUUGCUCUUGCCUCCUCAGGUCCUGAUGGGGGACUACAGUACAGAGUUCCGUCCAGUAGACAACCCCCUGGAGCAUAUAGGCUACUGUCCCCAGGUCAGCCCUCUGUGGCCCCGCAUCACCCUGGAGGAACACCUGGAGAUCUACGCUGCCAUCAAGGGCCUCCGCGGACAGGACGUCCCUGGCAUCAUCACACGGUAACUAUCUCCUCUAUCAUAAAACAGUUAACAUUUAAGUCAUCUAGCAGACGCUCUUAUCCAGAGCGACUUACAGUUAGUGCAUUCAUCUUAAGAUUGCUAGGUGGGACAACCACAUAUCACAGGCAUAGAAAGUACAUGUUUUAUCUAACAUAGCUAUCAGUAGAGUCAGAGCUAGAAGGUGGUGUAGGUAGGGAGGGGCAGUUCCUCUUGCUGUUCCGUAGGUAAGCACCAUGGUCUUGUAGUGGAUGCGAACUUCGACUGGAAGCCAGCAGAGCGUGCGGAGGAGUGGGGUGACAUGAGAGAACUUGGGAAGAUUGAAAACCAGGCAGGCAGCAGCGUUCUGGAUAAGUUGCAGGGGUUUGAUGGCACAAGCAGGGAGCCCAGCCAACAGCUGCCUGGAUUAGGACCUGCACCGCUUCCUGUGUCAGGUAGGGUCAUACUCUACGGAUGUUGUAGAGCAUGAACCUGCAGGAGCGGGUCACUGCUUUGAUGUUUGCAGAGAACGACAGGGUGUUGUCCAGUGUCAUGCCAAGGUUCUUUGCACUCUGGGAGGGUGACACUGGAGUUGUCAACCGUGAUGGAGAGGUCUUUGAGCGGGCAGGCCUUCCCCGGGAGGAAGAGCAGUUCCGUCUUGUCGAGUUUAGCUUAAGGUGGUGGGCCGACAUCCAAGUUGAGAUAUCUGCCAGGCACGCAGAGAUGCGUGUCACCACCUGGGUGUCAGAAGGGGGAAAGAGAAAAGUAGUUGAGUGUCAUCCACAUAGCAAUAAUAGGAGAGACCAUGUGAGGAUAUGAUGGAGCCGAGUGACUUGGUGUAUAGAGAGAAGAGGGCCUAGAACCGAGCCCUGGGGGACACCAGUAGAUCUGUGUCCAUGUGGUGCACGUGGACACAAAUCCUCUCCACGUCACCUGGUAGGAGCGGCCUUUCAGGUAGGAUGCAAUCCAAGAGUGUGCAGAGCCUGAGAUGCCCAGCCCUGAGAGGGUUGAGAGGAGGAUCUGAUGGUUCAUGUUGUCGAAGGCAGCGGAUAGCUCUAGGAGGAUGAGAACAGAGGAGCGAGAGUCAGCUUUGGCAGUGUGGAGAGUCUCAGUGACACAGAGAAGAGCAGUCUUGGUUGAGUGACCAGUCUUGAAGCCUGACUGGUUAGGGUCAAGAAUAAAAUAAAAAAAAUAGGUGUCCGUUUAAACUACUAGCACACAGCUCGGACACCCAUGCAUACCCCACAAGACAUGCCACCAGAGGUCUCUUCACAAUCCCCAAGUCCAGAACAGACUAUGGGAGGCGCACAGUACUACAUAGAGCCAUGACUACAUGGAACUCUAUUCCACAUCAGGUAACUGAUGCAAGCAGUAGAAUCAGAUUUAAAAAAACAGGUAAAAAUACACCUUAUGGAACAGCGGGGACUGUGAAGAGACACACACAAGCGGUACAGACACACGCAUAUGCACACAAGCGCUAGCACACGCACUCUACACACACGUACAUUGCAAUAUUGUUGUGUGGCGGUAUUAUACAUUUUGCAUUGUACAUUUUGUAUUGUAGAUACUCCUGAGUGGCGCAGUGGUCUAAGGCACUGCAUCGCAGUGCUAGCUGUACCACUAGAGAUCCUGGUUCGAAUCCAGGCUCUGUCGUAGCCGGCCGCGACCGGGAGACCCAUGGGGCGGCUCACAAUUGGCCCAGCGUCGUCCAGGGUAGGGGAGGGAAUGGCCGGCAGGGAUGUAGCUUAGUUGGUAGAGCAUGACGUUUGCAACGCCAGGGUUGUGGGUUCGAUUCCCACGGGGGGCCAGUAUGAAAAAUAAAAUAAUGAAUGCACUCACUAACUGUAAGUCACUCUGGAUAAGAGCGUCUGCUAAAUGACAAAAAUGUAAAACUGUAGAUAUGUGGACAGCGGAGUCACUCACCACCUUCCGGAGACAUUUGAAACCCCACCUCUUUAAGGAAUACCUGGGAUAGGAUAAAGUAAUCCUUCUACCCCCCCCCCCCCCCCCCCCCCCCUAAAAAAAAAAAAAAAGAUAUUGUAAAGUGGCUAUCCCACUGGCUAUAGGGUGAAUGCACCUAUUUGUAAGUCGCUCUGGAUAAGAGCGUCUGCUAAAUGACGUAAAAUGUAAUAAAAAAUAUGUAAAAAAUAUGUAGUGGUGUAAUAAUGUUAUUAUGUACUGUUUUAUAUUUUUUCGUAUAUGUAAUGUAAGUGCUUUAAUGUGUUUGGACCCCAGGAAGAGUAGCUGCUGCCUUGGCAGCAGCUAAUGGGGAUCCCUAAUAAAUACAAAUACCCUUAUGACAACUGUCUUGUGGUAGGAACAGGUAGUGCCUGUUGUAUUCAGAGAUGUGCUGUCGACAACUAAGCAUUGAUGCAGGGUGAUUGUUUAUCUGGAGUUAAUUUUAAUCCUAAAAAAUGAAUAAUGUAUCUAACGUUUGUAUAUUAUCUUAUCUAACCUAACUUUUAGACUUGGCCCUCUUUAUUUUUCUGUUAUGUACCUUUUUGCUGUGGUCUCCUGUGGAAUGGACUUUGUGUGAACUCUGUGUAUCUCUCUCUCUGUGUUCCUAUCAGUGUGGUGAAUGCUCUGGAGCUGAAGGACCACCUCCACAAGCAGGCAAAGAACCUAUCAGCUGGGAUCAAGAGGAAGGUGAGAGUGAGAGAGAGAGAGAGCACCACUUCCACUUUACACUCUGUCUACUCUCUACACACCUUUACAUAACAGUGUGCAAAGGGAGACUUUUAGUUCUAAACUGCCUGUCAGGGAGACAUUUGGAGAGCUGAAAUGGGGUUGCUCCAUAGACUCAGUUGCGGCCUAGCAGUGCCAUCCAUCAUUUCAUGUGAUGUUUGGUAAUAGAGAGAGUAAAUAAGGUGAGUAUUUCCUCCCUCCAGCUCAAACAACCCUACAAUGUUAGCUGGGAAUCAGUGUGUAAAAUAACCACCAAGCUUAGCCCAUCAACAUUCACCAAAUCAUAACCCCUUACUUUGCUCACUUGUUUCAUUUGUACAUCUAUGUCACAGUAUGUUGACUGCUGUCUCGACCUCUGAAUGCCCGGCUAUGAAAAGCCAACUGACAUUUACUCCUGAGGUGCUGACCUGUUGCACCCCCUACAACCACUGUGAUUAUUAUUUGACCCUGCUGGUCAUUUAUGAACGUUAGAACAUCUUGAAGAACGAUCUGGCCGUAAUGGCCAUGUAAUCUUAUAAUCUCAACCCGGGAAAGACAGAAUAGGACUGGACACCCCUCAGAGCCUGGUUCCUCUCUAGGUUUCUUCCUGUCUUUCUAGGGAAUUUUUCCUAGCCACCUUGCUUCUACAUCUGCAUUGCUUGCUGUUUGGGGUUUUAGGCUGGGUUUCUGUAUAAGCACUUUGUGACAUCUGCUGAUAUAUAAAGAGCUUUAUACAUACAUUUGAUUUGUGUGUUUCAGCCUAGCCCAAACAUUCAAAUCCUUUUGCCCUCACUAAUUCUUACUUGCCUGUUUCAUUUGUAGCCUAAUAAUACCUGUGCCACACUUUGUUGACUGUAUUUGUUUGUGUUUCCUGUUUGUGUGUUUCAGUUGUGCUUUGCUCUCAGCAUGUUGGGGAACCCUCAGAUAGUUCUGCUGGAUGAGCCUUCUACAGGGAUGGACCCCAAGUCCAAACAACGCAUGUGGUGAGAUCCAUGCUCCUCUCUCUGGGAUAGGCACAAUCAGACCAAAACAAUGUUGUUGACAAGAAAUGGUUGUGCGGUACAAGGCUGAGAAAUUACAGCAAAAGCACACAGUCAAUAGAAACCAGAAUGUAUCGUGUGUCAUGUAAUUUUUAUAUGUACACUAUACAAUGCAUUCGGAAAGUAUUCUGACCGUUCACUUUUUCCACAUUUUGUUAUGUUACAGCCUUAUUCUAAAAUUGAUUAAAUUAAUAUUUUUCCUCAUCAAUCUACACACAAUACCCCAUAAUGACAAAGCGAAAAGAGGUUUGUAGAAAUAUUUGCAAAUGUAUAACAAAUAAAAAACGGAAAUACCUUAUUUACAUAAGUAUUCAAACCAUUUUGCUAUGAGACUCGAAAUUAAGCUCAGGUGCAUCCUGUUUCCAUUGAUCAUCCUUGAGAUGUUUCUACAACUUGAUUGGAGUCCACCUGUGGAAUAAUUCAAUUGAUUGGACAUGAUUUGGAAAGACACACCUGUCUAAAUAAGGUUCCACAGUUGACAGUGCAUGUCAGAGCAAAAACCAAGCCAUAAGGUCGAAGGAAUUGUCCGUAGAGCGCCGAGACAGGAUUGUGUCAAGGCACAGAUCUGGGGAAGGGUACCCAAAGAUUUCUGCAGCAUUGAAGGUCCCCAAGAACAAAGUGGCCUCCAUCAUUCUUAAAUGGAAGACGUUUGGAACCACCAAGACUCUUCCUAGAGCUGGCCGCCCGGCCAAACUGAGCAAUCGGGGGAGAAGGGACUUGGUCAUGGAGGUGACCAAGAACCCGAUGGUCACUCUGACAGAGCUCCAGAGUUCCUCUAUGGAGAUGGGAAAACCUUCUAGAAGGACAACCAUCUCUGCAGCACUCCACCAAUCAGGCCUUUAUGGUAGAGUGGCCAGACAGAAGCCACUCCUCAGUAAAAUGCACAUGACAGCCCGCUUGGAGUUUGCCAAAAGGCACCUGAAGGACUCAGACCAUGAGAAACAAAAUUAUCUGGUCUGAUGAAACAAAGAUUGAACUCUUUGACCUGAAUGCCAAGCGUCACGUCUGGAGGAAACAUGGCACCAUCUCUACGGUGAAGCAUGGUGGUGGCAGCAUCAUGCUGUGGGGACUGGGAGACUAGUCAGGAUCGAUGGGAAAGAUGAACGGAGCAAAGUACAGAGAGAUCCUUGAUGAAAACCUGCUCCAGAGCACUCAGGAUCUUAGACAGUUCACCUUCCAACAGGACAACGACCCUAAGCAAACAGCCAAGACAAUGCAGGAGUGUCUUCGGGAGAAGUCUGUGAAUGUCCUUGAGUGGCCCAGCCUUGAACCCAAUCGAACAUCUCUGGAGAGACCUGGAAAUAGCUGUGCAGUGACGCUCCCCAUCCAACCUGACAGCGCUUAAGAGGAUCUGCAGAGAAGAAUGGGAUAAACUCCCCAAAUACAGGUGUGCCAAGCUUGAAGCAUCAUACCCAAGAAGACUCGAGGCUGUAAUCGCUGCCAAAGGUGCUUCAACAAAGUACUGAGUAAAGGGUCUGAAUACUUAUGUAAAUGUGAUAUUUUUAAUACAAUUGCAAAGAUUUCUAAAAACCUGUUUUUGCUUUGUCAUUAUGGGGUAUUGUGUGUAGAUUGAUGAGGGGGGGGAAAUAAUUUCAUCCAUUUCAGAAUAAGGCUGUAACGUAACAAAAUGUGGAAAAGGUAAAUGGGUCUGAAUACUUUCCAAAUGCAUGUGGACACACCUUCAAAUUAGUGGAUUCAGCUAUUUCAGCCACAACCGUUACUGACAGGUAUAUAAAAUCGAGCAUACAGCCAUGCAAUCUCCAUAGACAAACAUUGGCAGUAGAACGGCCUUACUGAAGAGCUGUGACUUUCAACGUGGCACCGUCAUAGGAUGCCACCUUUCUAACAAGUCAGUUUGUCAAAUAUCUGCCUUGCUAGAGCCCCGGUCAACUGUAAGUGCUGUUAUUGUGAAGUGGAAACGUCUAGGAGCAAACAACGGCUCAGCUGCAAAGUGGUAGGCCACACAAGCUCACAGAACGGGACUGCCGAUGUGCUGAAGCGUGUAGCGGAUUAAAAUAGUCUGUCCUCGGUUGCAACACUCACUACCAAGUUCCAAACUGCCUCUGGAAGCAACAUCAGCACAAUAACUGUUCGUCGGGAGCUUCAUGAAAUGGGUUUCCAUGGCCGAGCAGCCGCACACAAGCCUAAGAUCACCAUGCGAAGUGUCGGCUGGAGGGGUGUAAAGCUCGCUGCCAUUGGUCUCUGGAGCAGUGAAAACGCGUUCACUGGAGUGAUGAAUCACGCUUCACCAUCUGGCAGUCCAACGGACAAAUCUGGGUUUGGCGGAUGCCAGGAGGACACUACCUGCCCGAAUGCAUAUUGCCAACUGUAAAGUUUGGUGGAGGAAUAAUGGUCUGGGGCUGUUUUUCAUGGUUCGGGCUAGGUCCCUUAGUUCCAGUGAAGGGAAAUCUUAACACUACAGUAUACAAUGACAUUCUAGAUGAUUCUGUGCUUCCAACUUUGUGGCAACAGUUUGGGGAAGGCCCUUUCCUGUUUCAGCAUGACAGUGCCCCCGUGCACAAAGCGAGGUCCAUACAGAAAUGGUUUGUCGAGAUCGGUGUGGUAGAACCUGACCUCAACCCCAUAGAACAACUUUGGGAUGAAUUGGAACACUGACUGCGAGCCAGGCCUAAUCGCCCAACAUUACUAAUGCUCUUGUGGCUGAAUGGAAGCAAGUCCCUGCAGCAAUGUUCCAACAUCUAGUGGAAAGCCUUCCCAGAAGAGUGGAGGCUGUUAUAGCAGUAAAGGGGGGACGAGCUCCAUAUUAAUGCCCAUGAGUUUGGAAUGAGAUGUUUGAUGAGCAGGUGUCCACAUACUUUUGGUUAUGUAGUAUAUGUCAACUUCAGCUUCAAAGGUUUUCAGUUUGUCUUUUAGUUUUAGAUGUAAUUGUUAUACUCUGUAAAGUAGCCAGUAAAGAGCUACGGCUGUGGUGGUCCUGUCGCUCUGUUUCAUCCUGUCUCCAGGAGGGCUAUCCGGGCAGCGUUUAAGAACCGCCAGCGUGGGGCCAUUCUGACCACUCACUACAUGGAGGAGGCUGAGGCUGUGUGUGACCGCGUGGCCAUCAUGGUGUCAGGGCAGCUCAGGUGAGUGUUGGGGUAUCAGAGUAGAGGUGAAGAUGGGUGGAACAUAGAGUUGGAUAGAGGGUGCACUUGCCACAAUGCCGUUUGUGGUGUGCCCUCUAUCCAACUCAAUGAGCUCUGGCAUUGGGGAAAAGGUGUAAUAUGUUGCCAUUACAUUGCUAUAGCUAAUAAUCUAUGUCGCAGUAACUAGGUUAUAAGUUAUUUCGUUGUAAUAACUUUGUUACAAGUACUUUGUCUUUUUGUCAUACUGUAUUGAGGUAUUUUUUAGUGUUUAGAUGUUUUGUUUGGUGUUGAGAUCAGGUGGUCUAUUGGGGAGUUGAUUUGUGGUGGUUGUGAUGAGGAUGAUGGCGAUGAUAAUGAGGAUGUGUUAUAUCUCUCUCAGGUGUAUUGGGUCUAUCUAGUUGUGAUUAUGGUGAUGAUGAGGAUAUAUCUCUGUCUCUAAGGUGUAUUGGGUCUAUCCAGCACCUGAAGGGGAAGUAUGGGCGUGGCUACAGCCUGGAAGUGAAGCUGAGAGAGGAGCUGACGGGGCUCCAGCAGGUGGCACUGCUCCACAAGGAGAUCCGACGAAUCUUUCCUCACGCUGCAAGACAGGAGAGGUGAGUCAGAGCAGAGGUGUGUGUGUGUAUGUGUGUAAUGAAAUGCUAAAUCCCGCUGCCUCUGUCUUGCAGCUUUGCCACGCUGAUGGUUUACAAGAUCCCCAUGGAGGAUGUCAAGUCACUGGCCAAGUCCUUCUCUCAGCUAGAGAGUGGUGAGAGUGUGUGUGUGUGUGUGUGUGUGUGAUCACUCUCUGAACAUCUGCCUCAUGUUUCAUUGAUCAGUUACAAUUUAGUCAAAAUGCAUUUUGUUCUAAUGUCCUCUACUCUCCCUUGCCUCCAGCUAAGCAAGCCUUCAACUUUGAAGAGUACAACUUUUCACAAUCUACCUUAGAGCAGGUAAGUACUCAUUUGUGAACCUUACCUUGAAUAUCAUGUGAUGAUGUUACAUCAACUGCAAUGCAAACCCCAUCCACUUCCUGACCAUUUGUCUGAACUAGUCUCUCUCUCACUCUCACCCCCUCUCUCAGGUCUUCAUGGAGUUUGCUAAGGAGCAGGAGAACGAGGAGGAGGAGGUGGGUUCCCUCAGCACCACGUUCCAGUGGCAGCGGCUCCGCCAGGAUGGCCCUGUGCCUGUCAACCACCCAGACAGCAUCGUGCACCAGCUGUGA